AUGGCAAAUGAAUGUGCACCAGUAAGGUGUGGGGAAUCUGGACCUUGGAUUCGGUUCCCUUUUUGGCUCAGAGAUCAUCAGCCCGAAACCUGCGGUUAUCCAGGUUUUGAGCUGACCUGCCCUAGAAUCAAUGAUACUAGGUUUGAGGUUCGGUUUUCUGUAAGAGCUUCAACCACGAAUCUGAACAACAUUUUACUUCCAAUGUCAGUUCAGUCUUCUGUUUUAGAAAUUGAUUAUAAGUCUCAGCUCAUUCAAGUUAAUGUCCUUAAUGCUUCUUGUCCUCCAAAACAACUUCAACCAGAUAUGAGUGCAUCUGAUUUAACCUUUCCAUUUGAGAAAUAUGACUCCUUCAGAGAUAAUUUUACUUUCUUCAACUGUUCUACAAAUUACAGAAAACAAAACUCCAACUAUGGAGCUUUGGUUACUUGCCUAAGCGGCCAUGACUACGAUGUUUUUGCUUUUCGGUCUUACUAUAGUGUCUUUAACUUUCCUAUUGCAUCUUGCUGGAAGAUGUACGACAUUUCUGAUGCGCUUUCAGAAAUGACUAGUCCCUUUGAAAUUAAUGAUUAUACUCAAGUAUGGCUCCACUGGUCUAAACCAUCUUGUAGCGUUUGUGAAGCCAAAGGAAACUAUUGUAUGCUUAAUAAUAACAUCACGACUGGUGAGGAAACUUAUUGUCUUGCCAUGCCUGGACAGCCUAGUCAAAAACGUGGUAGAGGUAUUCUUCGAUUUCUGAUAAUUGCCUCACUGUUGGGGAUUGAUUCUUUCAUCACUGGGCUAACAAAGUCAUGA